GAAAGUUACCAGCUGGGUCUCACAAGAAAAAAAUUUGCGAAAGCCAUGUUGACCGUUAGAGAAAAAAUUAUUUUCUUCAAGAAAGUUGACGAGGUUAGAAAAUAUGAUAUGCUCCAUAAUUUUGCAUGGUACUGAGGUAAUCGAUAUGGGCCUGUAGUUAAAAGGAUCUUGAGUUUCGCCAGAUUUGUGGAUAGGAAUAAUCUUUGCUGUUUUCCAGUCAUGAGGCAAGGAUGAGGACAGGUACGAUUGUGAAAAAAUGCUCUCUAAGAUGAUAGAGGAAUACUCACUAGUAUUUUUUAGAAAUUUCGUCGUGAUUUCAUCUAUUCCACAAGAAGACGUAAGUUUAAGAGUGUCUAUUAUUUUUUUUAUGCCAGUAGAGUUAAAAAUUACGGGAUCCAUAGGAAAAAAAUUGCAGCAUGGUAGCCUAGGAAGGUCGUUAUCAUGUGCUGAAGGAGUGAAAGCCUUUAUAAAUACAUUAUUUAAAAUCGUAGCGCAGUGCUGCCGAGGUAUAGGCUCACCGGAAGACGUGCUAAGUGAUACGAUUUUCGACGCACUAGGCCUUACUACAUUCCAGAAGCUUCUUGGAUUAUUGAUGAGCAUGUUCGGAAGGGUAUUAUUGAAAAAAGAAAAUUUUGUUUUCUUUAUCGCAGAUGAGUAGGCCGAGGCAGCUUCUUUGUAAGCCGACCAUUUAGCCUGGCUUUCCGUCCGCUUAGCGGUGCGAAAAAGACGUUUUUUUCUGUUAGAUAGGCGUUUCAAAGAUUUAGUAUACCAUGAAGCAUUGUUAUUCGAAAAAACACGCCUCUUCGGAAUAAACUUGUUAACAAGAUCGUGAAUUUUUUCUUUGAAUAUAUUCCAGUUAGUAUCCAGUGAGCGCUCAGCAACUUUAGGCAGGUAAUUAUCAAGGAAUAGAGCAAGUUCGUUGUUGAUAGCGGUGAAAUUGCCGUUUUUAUAAUCACGAAUGGUUUUAAUACUGUUUUGGGACGGUAGGAUUGCCAAGCUAAUGAAAAAAUGCAAGACGUCGUGAUCACUCAAGCCGGGUGAGUGUGUAACCUUAGAUAUGAUAUCUGUUGAUGAUGUUAAAACAAGAUCUAAAAGAGAUGAUGUGGUGUUCGUUACACGUGUAGGGGAAGUAACUACCUGAACCAGGUUGAAAUCAGCACAUACCUCUGCAAAAUGCUUUGAUUCUGCGGAAGUUGUAUUUAGUAAAGGACACGUGCUUGACCAGGAAAUAUUCGGAAAGUUAAAAUCGCCCAUAAGUAAUAUUGGCGUUCCGGGGAAGCGAACACUUAUCUGGCACAAGCAGUCAUACAUGCUAUCGCAAAAAGUAGGGGCUGAUGAUGGUGGUCGGUAACAAACACCGAUCACAACUUUUUUGAAAUUUACAGAAAUGCAGCACCAUACACAUUCAAUGUUACAUGAUAUGGAUACAGGGAAACAGUCAAAGCAUUCAUUAACAGCAAUUAAGACACCACCGCCUAGUGUGUUAGCGCGAUCAGUACGGUAAAUAUUAUACUUUUUAUUGCAGUAGAAUAACUCAGAGUUUGUUACUUUACUCGUCAACCACGUUUCGGUUAUUGCAAUUAUGUCUGCAUCACAAUCAUUUAUUAGGCUACAGAGAUCAUCUUUUUUAGGUAAGAAGCUACGAAUAUUAGUAAAAAGAACCGGUAGUCUUGAUAUUAUAGGAUCGAGGUCGCUACCCCUCGCGUUAUCCUAUGGGCGCACUGUUAGGACAUUGCGGCCUGAUCUUAAGGAUAGAACAGACGCCGUGGCAUCAUCUGGGGUACUGCUUAACGGCUUCAAUUCACAGACCUUUUGCUCAGUGGCGUCGUAUACAUAGCAUUUUUUACCAAUUAGUAGCUUGUUAUAUCUUAAUUUAAAUGGUACAUUCUGACUUUUUCCGUAUUCGAUAAGAGUUCUUCUGGCGUAGCGUGUAGCGGGACUGAAAUCUUCACUAACAGAGAUACUCAUUUCUUUUAGCAUGGGGCGGUUCGAUAAUAUUUCUUCCUUCGUUUUAUAGGCAGCAAAAUUUACUAUCAACGGACGAGACUUCCCUGGACUGAAUCUACCAAUACGAUGUGCACGCGAUAUGCUGUCACUAGUUAUUCUGAGGCUUAGAGUGUUUGUUAGAAUGUCCAGUAUCUUUUCCUCCGAUUGAACAGCGGAUUCGGUGGCGAUGUCCGUUAAACCAUAAAAAAGUAGAUUAUUUCUACGAGAGCGGUCUUCCGCAUCAUCCAGUCGGGAGCGUAGGAAUGCAGCGUCCUUUGCUAUAUUCCCAACCGCUUCACGCACGUCACCGAGGUCAUGCUGCCAUUUUUCAAAUCUACCGGUCUGAUUUUCUACCGUCGCAAGUCUUUCUUUAAUUUCUGAUAUCGCUUCCGCCACCGUUUCCUGAUGCGUUUUUAACUCUGUAAUAGUGUCCAGCAUUGCUUUUUGGUUAUCCUCCAUUCUUUUAGACCUUUGAUUCAAAUCGCGUAAGGUUUUCAGAACUUCGGAUAAUGUAUCUGAUGGUUGUUCUCUCGGAGGACCAGGAUUACUCUCAACGUCACCGCACAAAAGCAAUAACAAAGAACAAAAAGGACCAAGCACUGCUUCUGGGCAUGGAAGCACGAUUAUAAAUGGAUCGUCGGAUUUUAGUCUUGAUAUGGAAAGGCAACUGACCUGUGGAAUGAACAAAAAGAUGCGUGAGGCCAUCAUUCCUGUCGUGCGUCCAUGCCCACUGAAGAUUUCGUUCGGAGCGCUGGCUUUAAGCUGACUCGCUAUCGGCGCAGCUGAAGACGCUGAAGAUGCGCAGUGCACAUCAGGUGACAAAUGACCAGUGACGUAACCACCCUGCCAGAGGAGGGCGGCAGCGUACGGACACAUGGAAGCUGGGAAAGCACCCGCCAUUGCAGCUUCGUCGUAAGGGUCACCAACUGUACCGUUGCUGGUGAGGCACUGGUCGACAGGGAGCAUCUCAUUUGGUGGCAAGCAGCAGUCGCCAGGAUAAGAUGAGGUAGGUGAGGCACAGAUGUCUUGAAACUUUGCUUCCGUGGUUAACGAACCGUUGUAGAGAGCUCCACCGUGACGAGAGACAGCAUGACAUUCCCAGCCAAGGACCAGGGCACCGAAUAACUGUGGAAUGAACAAAAAGAUGCGUGAGGCCAUCAUUCCUGUCGUGCGUCCAUGCCCACUGAAGAUUUCGUUCGGAGCGCUGGCUUUAAGCUGACUCGCUAUCGGCGCAGCUGAAGACGCUGAAGAUGCGCAGUGCACAUCAGGUGACAAAUGACCAGUGACGUAACCACCCUGCCAGAGGAGGGCGGCAGCGUACGGACACAUGGAAGCUGGGAAAGCACCCGCCAUUGCAGCUUCGUCGUAAGGGUCACCAACUGUACCGUUGCUGGUGAGGCACUGGUCGACAGGGAGCAUCUCAUUUGGUGGCAAGCAGCAGUCGCCAGGAUAAGAUGAGGUAGGUGAGGCACAGAUGUCUUGAAACUUUGCUUCCGUGGUUAACGAACCGUUGUAGAGAGCUCCACUGUGACGAGAGACAGCAUGACAUUCCCAGCCAAGGACCAGGGCACCGAAUAACUGUGGAAUGAACAAAAAGAUGCGUGAGGCCAUCAUUCCUGUCGUGCGUCCAUGCCCACUGAAGAUUUCGUUCGGAGCGCUGGCUUUAAGCUGACUCGCUAUCGGCGCAGCUGAAGACGCUGAAGAUGCGCAGUGCACAUCAGGUGACAAAUGACCAGUGACGUAACCACCCUGCCAGAGGAGGGCGGCAGCGUACGGACACAUGGAAGCUGGGAAAGCACCCGCCAUUGCAGCUUCGUCGUAAGGGUCACCAACUGUACCGUUGCUGGUGAGGCACUGGUCGACAGGGAGCAUCUCAUUUGGUGGCAAGCAGCAGUCGCCAGGAUAAGAUGAGGACGCCAAAACUAAUUGCCAAGUGCGCCCAGCGCUAACGGUGGACAGCUGCAUUUUUCAAGUACCCUUAAGAGACCCCGCUUUCCUCACACCAAGAAGCGCCGCACUGCCGAAAUGCCUGUCACGUCGCCUUUCCACGGAGGGAUCCAGAGUGGUGGUGGAGUCAGCCAAGGCGGCCAUAGUAGCUUGGCGGUGGAGAUCGGGUCACCGUACACGCCGCCCAUUUCUACGGGUGCCCACUCGCCACGCCAGCGCCCUCUUGCGCGACUCCAUCGAGCCGGACGUGAAGACCUGGACAACACACUCGAAGGCGAACCGGACGGGGCCAGGGACAAUAUGGGCUCGCGAUCCAUGGCCAACACAACUGUGAGGGCUACCACCAAAACGGAGCACUCGGAGAUGCCCUUAUCGGUGACUGAGGAAGUGCCGAGGGAAGAGCACCCACGCGGGGAACAGGGCGUCCAGCCGACACUCGUGGUGCUGGCGGCCAUGGCGUCGGCCUGCCUGGCCAUCAGCCUGCUCACCCUGCUGGCGCGCCUUGCUGCGCCGGCGCAUAGACCGCGCCGCGGCGUCUGCCUGACGCGGGCCUGCGUGGCGCUCAACGAAAUGCUGGUGGCCGCGUCCAACGCCAGCGUCGACCCCUGCGACGACUUCUACGGGCACGUGUGCGGCCGCUGGACGGAGUCGGCCUCCGUGUACGAGAAGCACCUCAGCCUCUUCGUCGACAAGGUAAUCGACGUUCUGGUGCGAGCCAGGAUGACCAACACAAUAAGGAACCCCACGCAACAGGCCGCCAUGCUGCUGCAGAGCUGUUUAGCAAUCGUCGAGGACAGCAGGAACGAAGUGGGCGCCUUCAGGAGCAAGCUCACUGAGUUGGGCGUCACGUGGCCGCAUGUCAACAGCAAGAGCGAAGAGCUCAUCGUAACGGCCGCGAGGGUGUUCGAGGCGUUUCGGAUCUCGCCGCUGCUUACCAUCCGCAAGAGUCGAACCAAGGCGGGCGAAGUGUCGCUCCUCAUCGAGCCUGGCGACGCACUGCCAAACUGGUUCAAGAUGCGGGCGCUGCUGUUACAAGAAGGCACAUACCGCACCUAUUACGAACAGGCUGCAGCACUCUACGACAGCAACGCUACACCUACGAUGAGUUUCCAGGAUUUCAGCGAGUUAGAAAGCUUGCUCAUUCCGGCAUUGACGUCCGCUGACCAUAGUGGUGCCGAAGUUUUCGAACUAGACUCGACAGAGCGCCUCAGUCACUACGUAGGGCCUGACAGGUUCGCGCACCUCCAAGCUUUUCUGAAAUAUGGUCUGGGACUGCCGUCAUCGACGAGGGUGCAAGUUCGCUCUGUGGACUACAUGACACGUCUUCAGCGCUUAGCGAAGCACAUUGGUGAACAACGCUUGGAGUUCUACCUGGGCUGGUGCGUGGUGCAGGCCAUGUGGCGAUUCGUCAGCAAACCAUUCGCGCAGCUUUGGUAUCAAAGCGUACGCUCCGCCCUGGACACUGUCGUCGAGCGACCCAGCCACGCAGACUGCAUCGAGUUGACCGAGUCGCUGCUGGGCUGGACUGUGUACGCAGAGUUCUCGAGGACUCACGUGGAAGCCAAAGCGCUGGACGACGUCGAUGAGAUAGCGCGCACCAUAGCUGCCGUCUUCAUCAACGAAGUAAAUCGCGGUCGGUGGUCUUAUAUCGCCGAUCACAUUCCCAUCGACAAGCGGGACUUCGAGGACGUUCUCUUCCACGGCAAACGGUUCAACGAGCAAGUACUCAGCGACGUGUUCGACACAAUCGCCAUGAACGUUUCGUUGCUGCAGAACUGGAUGGCCGUUGCGAAGAUGAAUGCGCGCAUCCCGGAUGAGGAGUGGCGGGAGGUGUCCUCCAGCUACAUGAGGCAGCUCCGCGAGUCCAGCGGCUACACGUUCUACGACUCCCAGAGGUCGGCGGUUCGCAUCCCUCCGCUCUUCCCCAUGCUGCCCCUGUACGACCGCGACUCUACGGUGGCGGCCAAGUACGGAGCCAUCGGGACGGUGCUGGGGGCGGCCGCCGUACGACUCUUCGUGGGCCGCCUGCCCCACAACUCGGUCGCGCGCACGAAGAUCGAAGAAAGGCUCGCUUGCUUCGCUGUACCCCGCUCUUCGCCCGCGGCCCCAUCACGAGUCAACCAGCACGCAUACCUGGCCGCUGCGGUCGACCUCGUCUGGGACGCCUUCGCGUCUGCAGACGCCCAGGCGUCAGCGGAGCCCGGAGACCUCAGCAACUACACCAGCGACGUGACGUUUUUCAUGGUGAUGUGCCACCUCCUGUGCAGCGUGCGUGCGUCACUCUUGGUCGAGUUCAGCUGCAACCAGGUCGUCAAAAACAGCCACGCAUUCGCGCGAGUCUUCAACUGCGAAGUUGGCAGGCCUAUGAACCCUGCGAGAAAGUGCAAUUUUUUCUCUGCCUCGGAUUCCACAAGUUGCCGAGUGUUACCACUGAAAGCUCGACUGAGCUUCAGCACGCACUUCGCAGGUUCAGCAUGUUGCGCACGCAUGGCGAGUCUGCCGUGAGAACGACACCAUCUAAUCGACUGUGGAAUGAGUGGAUAGGAAGGGAAACAAGCAUGAGGCCUGUCAGUGCGAGAACACGAACGGGAAACCGGGAAUUUGCAUCGCUGGCGAGACGA